GUAUAACAGGCAAAGAAAAACCAAGGUUCUAAAAGGUUGCAUGAACAUCAACCACAGAAACAGUGCUGCAGCACCGUACACUGAACUGAGAUGUGGAAUAAAAUAAAGAAUAGUACAGGCUGCAGGAAGUGAGCGGCAUUUUAACUUCCUGCACUGUCUGUGGUCAGGGUGGCACUUAUCUGAAAUUAGGCAUCUUUACCCACAGCCGCGCCCGCUACACCUCUGCACAAAAGAGCCAAGCAGGGGCACCUCACAGUACCCGCUUUGAGGCACCAGAGUUGUGAUACUUAUACAAAGAUAAGUACACCUGUCCGCUCCUUUUAUCUUCUGCGAAAGUAAGUGCAAUCUUUAUGUUGAUCAGGGGGUUAUAGGCUAAGCUGCAGCAGCGUUUUGUUGAUGUUUCGAUUUCAUGUCAAAAAUCCGGUGCAUGAAACAUGAACACGACUGAGCUACGAACGGCAAUGGUAAAGCAUGCUGUUUGUGGCAGUAAAAUUAACCUAGGAGGGAUAGAUGGAUUCAAUACAUUUAAUAUUAAUAUCUGUAGAUGGGGCUAUAAUAAAAAUAGAUGAGUCUUGUAUGUACAUUUCAGAUCAAAUUCCUGGAAGAUCUUUUACUAAACUGAAUUAAAUAAUCUGGUUUAGGUAAUGGAUUUUGUAUAGGGCUCCUGAAUGUAUGAGUGUUUACCUGUGCCUGAUGCCUAUCACACCUUUUACAGUCACUUUUAUAUUAACCUCUACUGUACAUGCAUUGGAAUAGGGGUGGGACGUUGGUGCAGUGGGUAGCACUGUCGCCUCACAGCAAGAAGGCACUGGGUUUGAAUCUCGGUUUGGGGCCUUUCUGUCUGGAGUUUGCAUGUACCUCCGGGUACUCCGGUUGCCUCCCACGGUCCAAAAACAUGCAAAUAGGCCAAUUGGAGACUCUAAAUUGCCCAGAGGUAUGAAUGUGUGAGUGAAUGGUGUGUGUGCCCUGCGAUAGAUUGGCAGCCUGUCCAGAGUGUAUUCCUGCCUCUCGCCCAAUGCAUGCUUGGAUAGGCUCCAGCACCACCUCCUGCUCAGGAUAAGCGGGUAUAGAUAAUGGAUGGAUUGAUGGAUGUAUUGGAAUAGCCAAAGCCUCAGAUCUUAGCAACAGUUUGUGUUGUAAUCUGGAAUCAUUUUUGUAAACAUAGUAGUUAUGUUUAUUUUAUAAGUGUAAUAUGCAAAAAUGAACAUAAUUAUUGACACCUGAAUUUCAAUACAGUGGGGGCAAAGAAAUGAGAAUUACCCAGUCCUUUUGAAAAGGCACUACUGGUCCAGUCCAGAAACAAAGCAAACGACUGUUUAUUUUCUUCAGACAAUUUUAUCUGAUAAAAUCUAAAACAUGUAUCACCUUCAGGAAGUGAGUCAGAUCUCUAACACAUUCUACUUUUAUAUUUAGUGUGAAGCAUUGUAUUUACGAUCAUAUUCAGCCACACUGCUCUGUCUGCAAGGCUGUUUAAUACUAAUGGCACAUUAGCAAACAACUGAGGCCAGAUCAGAAUUCUCUCCUGUGUAAAUAAUAAUCAAGACCUGUAUAUGUGUAUUUGGAUAAAUAUUUUCAAUCUGAUGCAGCCAUGCUCUUCAAUACCUUGUUGGUAAUCAUCCUCUCCGUGUCAGGUGCUCUGAGCGAGGAGGGAUGGGGAGUGACUUACACCCCUGAGAGAAUCUGUGCCUUAAAGGAGUCUUCAAUAGACAUCCGCUGCACUUACUCAUAUCCCACAUCUCACAGAGUGCAGAAAACAUUCUGGUUUAUUCACUGGAACAAGCCACAGGAGCCUGAGGACCUGUCCCAGGACCCAGAGUACUCUCACCGUGUGGAGUACCUGGGGAAUCAGAGCAGUGACUGCACUUUUAGAAUAAACCAACUGAGAGUAACUGAUUCAAAAACAUACCGAUUCAGAUUCCUGACUGACCAUAAUCAAUAUACUGGAGAACCUGGUGUCGCUUUGGAAGUCACUGAUCUACAGGUGAUGGUGAAUCCUGACACAGUGACAGAGGGACAGAGUGUGAAACUGAACUGUAGCACCACCUGCACUCUGACUGGCAGCCCAUCCUUCAUCUGGUACAGGGAUGGAUCUCCUCUGUCCUUCACUGGUCAGAGUCACCAGUUCACAGCCAGCAGUGAAGAUGCAGGCAGAUACUCCUGUACUGUAACAGGCUAUGGGCUUCAGCCACCUGCAGUGGCUCUUAAUGUGAGAUAUCCUCCUAAGAGCAUCUCAAUAUCAGUGAGCCCCUCUGAUGAAAUAGUGGAGGGCAGUUCAGUGACUCUGACCUGCAGCAGCAAUGCCAACCCACCAGUGCAGAGAUACACCUGGUAUAAGAAUAAUAGAGCUGUAUCCUCAGAGACAGGAGGACCAGAGGACAGUUACACCAUUAAAAGCAUCACACUGCAGGAUGCAGGAGAAUAUAUCUGUGAGGCAGAGAAUGGGAUUGGGACAAACAGAUCUCCUCCUAAACGUCUUGAUGUGCAGUAUCCACCCAAAAACACCUCAGUAUCAGUGAGCCCCUCUGGUGAAAUAGUGGAGGGUACUUCAGUGACUCUGACCUGCAGCAGUGAUGCCAACCCACCAGUGCAACAAUACACCUGGUUUAAGAAUAAUAGAGCUGUAUCUUCAGAGACAGGAGGACCAGAGGACAGUUACACCAUUAAAACCAUCACACUGCAGGAUGCAGGAGAAUACUACUGUGAGGCAGGGAAUGGGAUUGGGAGGAAGAGAUCUCCUCCUAAACGUCUUGAUGUGCAGUAUCCUCCUAAGAGCACCUCAGUAUCAGUGAGCCCCUCUGGUGAAAUAGUGGAGGGCAGUUCAGUGACUCUGACCUGCAGCAGCGAUGCCAACCCACCAGUGCAGAGAUACACCUGGUAUAAGAAUAAUAGAGCUGUAUCCUCAGAGACAGGAGGACCAGAGGACAGUUACACCAUUAAAAACAUCACACUGCAGGAUGCAGGAGAAUAUAUCUGUGAGGCAGAGAAUGGGAUUGGGACAAACAGAUCUCCUCCUAAACGUCUUGAUGUGCAGUAUCCACCCAAAAACACCUCAGUAUCAGUGAGCCCCUCUGGUGAAAUAGUGGAGGGUACUUCAGUGACUCUGACCUGCAGCAGCGAUGCCAACCCACCAGUGCAGAAAUACACCUGGUAUAAGAAUAACAGAGCUGUAUCCUCAUUGAGAGCAUCAAAAUGGAGUUAUACCAUUAAUAACAUCAAAUCCGGGGAUGCAGGAGAAUACUAUUGUGAGGCAGAGAAUGCGAUUGGGACAGACAGAUCUCUUCAUAUAAAUCUCAAAGUGCUGUAUCCUCCUAAGGGCACCUCAGUAUCAGUGCCCCCCUCUGGUGAAAUAGUAGAGGGCAGUUCAGUGACUCUGACCUGCAGCAGUGAUGCCAACCCACCAGUGCAACAAUACACCUGGUAUAAGAAUAGUAGAGCUGUAUCUUCAGAGACAGGAGGACCAGAGGACAGUUACUCCAUUAAAACCAUCACACUGCAGGAUGCAGGAGAAUACACCUGUCAGGCAGGGAAUGGGAUUGGGACAAACAGAUCUCCUCCUAAACGUCUUGAUGUGCAGUAUCCUCCUAAGAGCACCUCAGUAUCAGUGAGCCCCUCUGGUGAAAUAGUGGAGGGCAGUUCAGUGACUCUGACCUGCAGCAGUGAUGCCAACCCACCAGUGCAGAGAUACACCUGGUAUAAGAACAAUAGAGCUGUAUCCUCAGAGACAGGAGGACCAGAGGACAGGUACACCAUUAAAACCAUCACACUGCAGGAUGCAGGAGAAUACUAUUGCGCGGCAGAGAAUGGGAUUGGGACAAACAGAUCUCCUCCUAAACGUCUUGAUGUGCAGUUAGGGGAUAGGACAGUGCUUGUGUGGACGGUUGUUGGAAUCACAGUGGCUGUUGCACUCGUUGCUGCUGUUGCGUGUAUGAGAGCAGAGCCUUCAGAGAGUGACAAACGCAGCCAGCGACACAAACUCUGUGCUUCAGAGAGCUGACGAGGCCUCAGUGUGGGAUUAAAACACACAGAGGAGAGAAUCUGCAGAGAAUGAGAAAUGGUGGAGAUCAGGGUGAAAGAGUCUCUUUUUGUCUUUAACUUUACAGAACUGCUGUCUGUUUCUGCUAGAUUAUCCAUUUUAUACAGAGCUGUUGAUGGAGGAUUUUUCCCAAAGUACUGUAAUCCUGCUGCAACAUGCAUGUUCAUGUAACCCUGCUGCAACAUGCAUGUUCAUGUAACCCUGCUGCAACAUGCAUGUUCAUGUAACCCUGCUGCAUACAUGCUCCUGUGACACCGUUACACGUUUAUAUAACUUUGUUACACACACGCUCAUAACUCAUGUACAUGCGCAUGUAUUCUCUCACAUUGAAUGGGAAGAUUAUCAUGCAGAUUAAUGCAGAUUAUAAUCUCCAAACUCACGACACUUUUAAAAGCAAGGUCCGAAAUCUUUUAAAACAGUGUUUUAGCUUUACAUUUUACAUUGCCUUGUUGUAUUGACCCCAUUUUUACUUUCUGUCUGUUUAGCUAUUUGAAAUAAUGCAUCUUUGUAUUUGUUUUCUUUACAUACAUUGUUUUAUUAUGUUUAUCAAUAUAUUAUGAUUUAUUUGAGCAUUGUAUAGGACUGUGAACCUUGAACCUCUGUUUUGAUAAAAAAAUGAUCAUUAUUAUCUUUA